GGCUAUGUACCUUGGCUUUCAACACCAACACAUUUCAACAUUCACUCACAAAGCCGAGAAGUCUCCACUCUCAAAAGUACAAAUUCUUCAAAAUGUCAGACAACCCGCCACCAGAAUGGAUGCCCUCAUCAUCUCCAUCACCCUCCAACGCCUCACCCAUGCCUCUCGCCGAUAGUGAAGGACCGGGCAGCGGCGCUGCAUCUCCAAACUUACCACUCACUAUGUCCGCCUCAGUGGUGCUGGCUGAUCUACCACGGGAUGCGAGCGCCGCACUUGCAACUGCUGGAGCCUUCAAGGCAGACAAGGUUGUAGUGCGAUUUAAGCCCGUGGGGUCUGCUCCGUCGUUGGCGCAAGAUGUGUGCAAGAUUAGCGCGACAAGGCGCUUUGAAGAGGUUGUGAGAUAUCUCAGGAAGAAGCUGAGGUGCAAAGAGACAGACAGUGUCUUCUUGUACGUCAACAGUGCCUUUGCGCCGUCUUUGGACGAGGUUGUGGGUAACCUACAUCAGUGCUUUAAAAAUGCCCACGGUCAACUUGUGGUUGCCUACUCUCUCACUCCUGCUUUCGGAUGAUGCUAAAAAGGCUGAAUUCUUCUAUCUGGAUAUACGAAAGGCUAUGACAUCUACUCAACCCAAACUCCGAGCUAUGCGACCUCUAUGACUGCGCUGCGACACACGAAUUCGACAUGCUUGCCUCUCCAAAACAUCAUGGAACUACUUCUGGGGUAUCAUCAUCUCAUCUCUAGGAAUCCUUCACCGCCUUAGUAAAGUUCUCAAGUUCCUCCGCCGAAAUGGGAUAUGUGUGCUCAGGAGCAGGAUAUUGGCGCGACUUGACUUCAUCCCGAUACGCCUCGAUGGCUCUCAAGCUCUCGCCCCAGACAUCGCCAUACUUCUUUACAAAUUUGGGCAGAAAUCGACCGGGAGGGAAGUUUCCAAUCAUAUCUACUUGUACCAGGACUUGGCCCGAGGUACCGUUGCCAGCGCCAAUACCGAUGGUGGGAAUGGAGAGCUUUUCAGUAAUGAGCGCGGCCACCUCAGCAGGAACUGCCUCAACAACCAUGGCAAAACAACCAGCUUCUUGAAGAGCAAGGGCAUCUUCAAGAAUGCUCAUUGCACCACUACUUGUCUUGCCCUGGACACGGAAGCCACCAAGUGCGUUUUGUCGCUGAGGGGUCAAGCCAAUGUGGCCAAGAACAGGAAUGCCAGCGGUGGUAAUCUUCUUGAUAGUAGGGGCCAUCUCCUUACCACCUUCAAGCUUGACACCCUGGACACGGCCUUCCUUGAUGAAACGGAUAGCAGUAGCAAGAGCCUGGUCAGGACUAAUCUCAUAUGUGCCCAUGGGUAGAUCUCCAACCUACUGGGAUUAGUUUAUUACUUGCAUAUAGAAAGACAGGGGUCUUACAGUGAAAGCCGACUUUGUCGCUCUCGCAACAGACCGACAAUGUAAAAGCAUCUCUUCCAAGAUAAUCUCACUCGUAUCCUCCAUACCAAGUGCUACCAUGGCGAGACUGUCUCCCACAAGGAUGAUGUCCAUACCAGCAUGGUCAGCGACAUGACCACUGGGGAAGUCAUGAGCUGUCAUGACGGUGAUGGGAUCACCCUUGCGGUGCAUGGAACGAAGAGUUCCGACAGUGACCUUCUUACGUUGAACGGCCGGAGGUGCACCCAUGGGAGAGUGAGAGCUGUACCGGGUUUGCGCCGCACCUCCGAUGAUGAGGGGCCGAAUGGCUCGGCCGAGGGUCCGGGAUGCCGGCCGAGUGGACGGGACGGACACCCGGGAUAGGAGAGAGGCACAUGACCUCAUGGUAGGAUUGAUAAGAGAUGACAUGAGGCAGGGGAGAAGAUAGGAGUGAAGGGAAGUGUUAGUAGAGUGGGUUGAGGCGAAGAUAAGGUGUCGCGUGCUUUGUCAGGUCAAGUUGGGAGUGACAGAAACUUGAGGUACUUGCAGGCAGAUCUCAGACCGACAGAGACAGUGGCUCAAGAAGUCUAUAGUGAUCCUUUUUGAAAGGGGAAAAAUUAUGAAAGAAGUAUCUUAGCUAAUGCUGUUUCGUUUAUGACAGUUAGAGUUGCGAUCUAGUCAGAAAGUCGGGGAAAGCAAAGGUUUU